GUGUGUAACUACAGUAAUUUCAUAAAAAAUUUUAUCCCAUUAUUUCUAAUAUGCGUGAUGAUAUAAAUCUUGUUAAUUAUUAUUAUUUCUAAAUAAUAACAUCAAUUUUAAAUAUUAUUUUUUAAAAUGACGAUUUGGAGCUCAUUAAUGCUCAUUUCACCUUACAAAAGAUGUUUAAAUUUAAAAUAUGGACGAGUAUUAAAAUCUUUGGAUUUGGUACCUGUUCGUAAUAUGGGUGGACAUCACAUGAUGAUAAUAAAAGAAACAAAAUGGCAAUGGACUAAAUUUAAAGAUUUGAUACAUUUUUAUGUUCUUGUAGGUGUUAUUCCUUUAACCAUUGUCAUAGCUUACACCAACAUAUUCAUUGGACCAGCUCAACUCGCUCCAAUUCCUGAAGGAUAUAGGCCAAAACAUUGGGAAUAUCAUAGACAUCCUAUUACUCGUUGGUUUGCUCGAUAUAUAUAUCCAAGUCCACAACAACAGUAUGAAAAAUAUUUACAUACAUUGUAUGAAGAAGAUGAAAAAUUCAAAAUCAGAAUGUUAACUAAAGAAAUAGAAAAAAAAAUGAAAGAACGUUCAGACUACAAAUCUUUUUACUAUAGACCAAUUUCUGCCAAUUUACACAGAGUUAGUAAAGAAAGUAUGGAUCGUUCUGAAGAAGCUGCUGGUUAUAAUUAAAAUUAAUUUUUUUAACAUAAAUAUGUUUUAAACAGUAGAUUUUAGCUUAAAUUAGUUGUUAUAAACUUCUAUAAUACAAUAUUAACAUUAAAUAGAUCAUUAGUUAAACUUA